CGCCAGCUGUGAAUGAUUGGAGAAUUUCUGCAAGCGGCGCGGUCUGUGGGUGAGCCAUGACUGCCAUGGAGGAGACGUUGGUGAGAGCGCUACAUAAUGGAGCAAACGAAUGGCGGAUUACCUUGGAGAAAGGACGAAGAUGGCUACAGGAGAUUGUGAGGGACAUGUCCUUAAGGCUACGAAGGGAGCCGGAGGUCGAAGGGGCAGCGAUCGUUCUGGUGGGCUGGCUGAAGGACAAAAGUGAGGAUACGCUGGCGAUCAUGUGGGAGCUGGAGGAAGGGCCGGAUCCUCGGCUUGAUGCCUGCAUCGAUUGGAAGAGGGCAGAUGGCAUCCUGUCAGCCUGCAAAACCUUCUAUGAGGAGGGUCGUGAUCUGUAUGAUGUUCUCGAAGACAGGUUGGCGGCCGUCUUCAAUCGUGAGAGUACAUACGAGGUAACAGCGGUAACAGCGGUGACGUCAACAACAACGACGGCAACGGAAGGGAGUGACAACAACAACAGCAACAAUGAUAACAUCGACGACGACAACAUCGUCAACAACAACAACAACAACAACAACAACAACAACAACAACAACAACAACAACAACAACGGCGACGACAACGACGAUGGCGGCCUGCAAGUUGGAACGCGAAUGGGGUUUGUCAUCUCCCCCUCCUUCAACGACAGCAUCGUCAGCAACGAUGACUACAACAACGACAACAGCAACAGCAGCAGCAACAACAACAACAACAACAACAACAACAACAACAACAACAACAACAACAACAACAACAACAACAACGACAACAACAACAAUAAUAACAACGACGACGACGAUGACGGGUACAACUACGAUGAUGACCACGGCGGCCACAUCCAUAACAUCUAUAACUACGGUGACGACGACGGCGGCCGCAGCCAAGGGAGCAGCGACGAUGACGACGGCAACCAUAACUACGACGACGAACGGCAGCAUCUCGGUGGUCGAGUUUAUCAACACCGCGAUGGGGGUCGCUCUCCCCCUCGCCAAGACUCAUAUGGGGUUCCUCCUCCGAGUCGUGUUGCAGUGGAGGAUAGGGGUCGAAUAGAUGGGGCAGAUUGGUAUUGCCCGGCCUGCAGUACCAAUCAUUGGCCGGGGGCUGAUCGCCUUGUUGGUUGGGGGUGGGACGUUGGGGGGGGGGUGAUCGUCUUGUUGGGUGCUGCUGAUAAACGCAUAUUGGAUACUGGGCUGGACGUCCGGAUCAUACAUCUCUCAUCAUGGAUAGAGCUUAGUUUUUAGGCUUGAUUCAUAAAAGAUAAUACACAUCAUAUAGUGAUUGGGGUUUCGAGACUAAUAGAAUAUGGCCCGGGUUAUA